UCGUGAAGUGGGUACCCUGUAAUUUGGCAAAUAUGUCAGCGAAGUGAGAAAAAAUGGAGUUAUCCGAAACUAGGGCAGUGUGUUAGUUUGUUCGUUUGUGUGUAAACAAACCAGCCAAAUGACAAUGAUUAACCACAUAGCCUAUAUCUCACAGUGUGUGUAAAGUCUUUGCGCCUCUAAGUUUUGUAUUAAAAUUGGUCACUAAAGAAUGUUACAAGCGCUGUAGUGUACUUUGCAAGAUUACAACGCAACAGUGGCUAGCCUUCUCUUGACUUCAAGAUGCUGUAGUUAGGUAUGCGUCGCAGUGGCCCUGUUGGGGGUGGGGGAGUAGGGGGUUUCAGUAAACCUCCUCCAGCCCCUCUUACACAUGGGAGCUCAGGUCGAGUACGACUUCACACACCGGAGGUCAAUGGUUCUUUGGGAAAGGACAGAUUUGGUUCUCCUCGAGAGAGGUCCCCAAGUCUUGUUGGAAGUUUGCCAUUGUCCCCAUCUCAUCCUAGUAGCAGAGAGAAGUCUCCCAAUCCAGCUUCUCAAGACCUACAUGACUGCUCCAUGUGUUUAUCUGCUUAUAUACAGUCUUUAAAUACAGUUUGUGGAACAGCUUGCAGGCUGUCACAGUGCCUUGCACAAGUUUCUACAGAAAAUGGGCUUGGGGAUCCUUAUGUCAAUGCUGGUCAAACAACAGCUAACCCUGUACGGGAGGCAGCUGAUGCAUGGGAGGGUGUAGCUCGUGCUGUUGGUGUGGCGAGUGCUGCUGUUAAGACACAGAUGUUGGUUUUGUUACAGGAGGUUCAAUCUCGACCAGAUAUUUCUGAUACUGUUAGGAGACAGGAGAUAAAUAGGGUAACUCAAGCAAUGUUGUCUGCAUUUUUGGGCUUGCAGUAUCAAUUUUCAGCAGUAGUCAUUGAGAGAUUCACUGGAAUAUUGCAAAAUCUUAGAGAUGAGAGCCAAUGUGUGUCAUCACAGCAACAGGCUAGUAUGUUGCUUAAUAAAUCUACAAAUUCAGGGGUGCCUGCACAUCCCACAGACCUGUCUCAGGGAAACAGUCAGUAUCCACAGUCAGGUCAGCAACCUUGGGUACCUGGACAGCAGCAGCAACAACAGGUUACAACAGGUAGUAUGAAAAAUGUGCAAGCAGUUCCUCUCUUAGAAAGCCCAGGGAAAGAAGAAAAAGCACGAAGUCGUCACCCCUCUGGUGGUCAUUCCCGACACACUUCAUCUGCUCCUGGCUGGUCCAACUCGAGCAGUGGUGUGACAGGGUGCCCAAGUAGCACAAGUUACAGCUCCAACUCAAAUUAUGGCUCUAGUCUCAGUCUAAGUGUAAAUACCUUAUCUCCAGGCUCAUGUUAUGGACUCUUUCCUUAUAUGAAUGGUAGCUCUUCAGGUUGGCCCAAUGAUGCAUUAUCACGACGUUGGUCUAUGGGAGGGCCAAGUACUGAUGGAUGGGAAAGAAAUUCUAGCUUGGGACCAUUUACUCUUAUUGCAAAUAGACGGUGGUCAGUGCCAGAAGCAAGUGAACAUGAUGUAAACACACAGAGUGAGAGCGACACUGACUUUUACGGUUGUGGAUUGCAAGGGGACUGGAAUGGUACCAUGGGUAGCAGUGCAGCAUCGUGGGGUUCGAGAGGUGGUCUUCAUGUGCCAUCAAGAGACAGCAGUGUGACUAGAAGUCCUAGUCAUAGCCGCUCCGUGACUCCAGAUCCCAGUAGACAACCAUCAUUUGUUAGUAAUGAAGAACUCCAAGAAGUGAUUGACCUUUUGUCUCUUCCAAUAAUCACUGAUGUUGGUGGAAAUGGUAACGGAGUUGGGGCUUUCAGUGGUUUUGCUGCUGGAGGAAGUGUUAGUGGUGGUUGUGGUGCUGGUGAAACAUCUGGAAAUGGUAGUGGGACUGGAGGAGGAGGGUGUUCUAGUGGUGGUGGUGGAGGAAGGGGAGGAGCCUCCCCAGUGACAUUUAGUCCAAGUCAUCAUUCAUCCUUGACACAGCUGUUUGAAGAAGCUAAUAAGCAGCAAAAACAGCAGCAGCAGCCACAGCAACAACAGCAGCAACAACAGCAUCAUCAACAACCGGCUUCUGUGCAAAAGAAACCAUUAAGCAGCCCAAAUCCUCAGUCACAGAUCCAGUUCCUUGAGCAGGUUACCCCACCACCAGCACAGCAGUCACCACAACCUGCACCAAAUAGUCAACACCAGCAACAGCUUCCAAAUAAGGGUUGCUCUUCAUCUGGUCAUUCGAUGGGUGAAGUUGUUGUAGAAGUAUCAGAAAAUAAUACCCAAGUUAGUACACCAAUCUGGCCUCCAUCUGGAAUUGCUCCAGGUGUUACGCUUACUGAGUGUUCGAGUGGAGAAGAAAAACCUUCCUUGCCACUUUGGACAGAAGGCAUUACCUGUGAAAGAAGAAAUAGUUCUAGCCUUGGCCGAGAUGCUCCAAAUCGGGCUUCCUGGCCUGCAGCUUCAAGUUUACUGUGGGCUGGUUUAGAUGGGUUCAUAAGUGAAGGUGAGAGUGAGGAAGGUGGAAAUGUGUCUCCUAUCAAUUUGCCACAGUACCGCCGUCACUCAACAGAUAUCACACACCUGUCAUUUAACUCUACGUCUCCUCUUAUAGCUAAAACCAAGAGUUCAGACAAUAUAACAGUAGGGAAUGAAUUAUCAGGGAAGUGCAGCUGUGCAGAAGGUAAUCUACAGCGACUUCUUCUCCUAAAUUCCAUCCUCCCGGCGCCGGCGCCACCUACACCCACUUCUCAGUACUCACUCUUUAGUUCUACUUAGCCGAGUUCUCCAAAUUUCCCUCGUUAUAAAAUGAAGUAUUUUAUUGACCACUGUAAAAGUGUAGCUGUUGCUUCUUUAAGUUGUGAAGGGAAAUAGUUUUGCAUAUGAUGAAGUAAUAGCACUUAGUUUCUGAAACAAAAACACAAAGAAAAGAAAAGGCUCACUUUAUGUGUUUGUUGUGUCUGGAACAUAGCAAUGACGUUACGAUUGAUGUAUAUGUAAAUUAUUCUUGGGAGGCUCUGACUCAUUGUACAUAGAAAGUUUAACUAUAUAACAUUGGUGUAAAUAGUUUUUCAGAUAGAUUUCUUACAGCAUUGUACAUAUACUCUGGAGAGUUUAUCUCACAAUGAAUUAAUGUCUGUUAACUGUUAAAACUUUAUUAAAGAAUUACUGUAAAUAUUGGAGGGAAAAACCUUUAAAAUAUUUUUUGUCUUUGGUGUUGCACUAUAUGAAAUUUUUGAACUGAAAGGAUAAUUGUCUUUAGUAACUGUGUUGAUAUCAAAAAUAAGAUUUACAGAAGCAGCUUUAUGUAAUAUUGUACAACUGUAUAUACAACGCUAAAUGAAUGACAUCUCAUUUGUGACUUGGAAUACACCUGGAUGUACAAAGCAACAGUUAUGACAGAUGUAAUUUUGCCUUUUAAUAUUUAAAAAGAAGAGGUCAUGUAGAAUAACUGCAACAUUUUUUGAGCUUUUAAUUUGUUGUUUUUGGUAAUUUUGUAUGUUAGAUACAGUGCAGUUUUUAAAGUGAGACAUAAUUGUGAAAUGUAAGGCUGCAUUUUUUUACUAUGAAAAUAAUAAUUAUAGCUCUCUUUGAUUAUUAAUGUUCAUUGUGGUUGAAUGUGAAGGAGUUUGAAUAGGUUGUAUUGUGAAUUGUUUUAACAGUGACAAGGGCUCACGAGGGUAUUAUUCUGAAAGGGUGAUUUUCUGAAAGACUUGAGGGUUGAAGGUGGAUUCUGCAAUAUUUAUUCAAUACCAGUCUCUGUUCUUAUGAUUGAUAUACUGUCUAUAAAGAAAGCUUGAGCAACUAUUUAUAAACUUAGGUAAUAUUAUUUCAUUAGAAUUAUUAUUAGUAAAAAAAUUAUCCAAACAGUAGUGAGGGAGAGCUAAAAUCUGGAGCAAGACAGAGACAAAGAGGUGGGGCAGCCAAGUGGGAAGAGACCAAAGGGAAUGGUUAAAACAUAAGACAGAAACCAGUGCAGCUAGGAGCUAUGAAAACUGCUUGUAUAUUGUUUAGUGUGCCAUGAAAGACAUAUACUGUACUUGGCACUGCCUCCAUGGUAUCUUUAGUUUUGGUUUGCUAAAGCCAUAAAGCAUGUAAUGAAGUUAAUACCAUGACAUGACAUAUAUUGAAUCAUCACUUACAUGAAUUUCAUUUUCUUUUGAGACGUGCUUUCUAAAGUAAAGUAUUUAUGCAUCAUAUACACUCAUGAACAAGCCAAAAAUUCAUUUUUGGCUUGUUCAUGAGUGCAUUUAAUUUUUAAAAAAUGCAUUUAAUUUUAUUGAAUACCUUUUUUUAUUUUAUUUUAUUUGUUUUUGUCUUGUAUAAGAUAAAGAAAAGUGAUUCUUAGGAUUUAAUUUGAGAGAUGAUUUGAAGAACUGUAGGUAUUUGAAGUUUGCCAUAGAGACUGAGGUUUUGUUUUGGUGCAAACAGUAUGUUGUUUCACUGAAUUUUCUUUGAAGGUUCAAGAGUACAGUGUAACAUGAAUUUUUUAUUUAGCUAGAGUUGAGUUAUGACAAAAACCCUGACUGUGGUCUUCAGGUAGGCUUGACAAAAUAGGGUUUUGAUGGAGAAUACAGAAUUAUUGCUCCAAAACUAAAUAUUCAUAUACAUAUUGAAUCAUUUUUAUGGAUUAAUGAAUAGAAUUAUAAUUAAAUACAUUGUUCACCGGACCUAAAAUGCAUUUAUUUCAUUGAUAACUUGAGAAUGGAUGUUUUCAAGAACUCAUACAUGGUAUUGUGGAGAAACUUACCUCUCCAAGGCUUUUUUUAUUGAAUGUGUAUGGGUACAUAAAUUGCAAGAUUAGCAGGUCAGUUAAUUCAACUUGAAAUUUGGACAGCUGCCUUUUCAAGGGCCAAAAACUUGAUUUUAUGUAUAUUUCUACUUAUAUGUUUACCAUCAAAUCAAGAAUUACCUUGUUUUUCCAGUGGAACAGCUUGAGAAUUAACAUGCAAAAAACCUUCAAGUUUUGUGAAGGAACUUAAAACCAGAUGGGUUAAUUGAACAUACCUUUAUUACUGCAAGUACCAUAUCAGCAGGUAAUACGGCUUUUUUCAUUUAGUAUGGCUGCUAUCAUUGCUGUGCUUGGAAAUGAGGAGCUGUGGCCAGUAUUGCAGCGUGGUGUUUUUUGAAAUUAUUAUCUGUAAGCUUUAGAGUUUUACAUUUAGCAUCCAAAAUGUAAUGCUAUCAUGUGAAAUGAUAGCACCAUGUAAGCUGUUAUGAGUUAGUCAGGGUUUCCAUUUGGUCUUUUGAUUCCACAAUAAAUACCAGUGCACCCAGAAACUUCAUAUAUCUCAGGAAAGUUAACAUCCAUAAGGCAUGAAGUCCAUCAGCUACUGAUAUAAUGGUUUCACCACUAGUCACCCAAAUAAACAACUAGAAAUUACAACCAUAGUAGCUUUAAACUUUGGGGAAGACUUGAUACCACAAACAGGACUAACAACUUAGUGUCUAAUGCCAUCAUGUAUUACUUCUCAAAGCCAGAGAACUACAAAAUCCAGCCAUUUUAAAACUGGUGGGAGACUUGCAAAACCCUUGAACUUAGUAUUACUUUAUAAAGUAAAACUCCUACCAUAACUGUAUCUGCCAGGUUUGGAAUUUGCACAGUAUUCCUGUCAACACUGCAAGCCAUACUACUACUCUCAUGCCAUAUUGCAGGUGGCAAAAAGUGUGGCAGGUAAUAUGACUGAGGAUUGUGUUUGAGUAUGAGUACUGGCUUUUUAGUAGUAUUCAUAUAGGAAAAAAUUAUCAUUUACAUAUUUGCAAACGAAGCCAACUCAUUAAGCCUGGGAUUUUUUCUGUAUAAUUUCUCUCCCAAGUACAAACAGAAAUUAAUUUGCAAGUGCAAUUUCAGUUAAUUUUUCAAUAAUGAAUACAAUCACCAAUUACUGGAUUUUACUACAUGAGAUAGUCUACGGUAAUAAUUUACUGUGUCAUGAUAAGGAAAGAUUACUUAGCAUUGCAUGAGGGGGACAGAAAUCUGGACUAGGUGACAAGUAGCAGUGUGCAUGAUUAAGGGGGAAAACUUGGUAUACUAAUGUAUUUUGCUGGUGAGUUUCUUUGUUAGCUUUGUCUAAAGCUUCCUUUUAUGACAUACUGUACUUCUCUUGAGUAUCAAAUGUAGUUUGAUAUAUUAUGUAACUAACUUAUGGGGUGGCGAACACCAUUACAGUUUAUUUCAUGGUAUUGCAGAGUAAGAAUCACUGUACCAGCUUUCAUCUUAGGUUCCUUCAAUUACAGGAAUUUGAGGAACCAUGGAAGCUUUGGGGAAUGUUGUUCAUGUAAAUAUUUGCAACAGCAUUUAAUUUUCUUCUCCAGAUGUAAUGUUUUUUGCCUACAGUAACUGGAAGGCUAUGCAUUUUCUCUCUUCAGAUUAAUCCAAAUGCUGAUUGGCAGUCUUACCUUUCAGGAUUCUGAUUUGCAGGUCUGUAGCUUCUGACAGACUGUCAGGGUGUUUUCUUCAAGUUCAGUGUCUGGAGCAAUGUUCUUUCAAGAGAUUGCUCUUUCAGUGCUAAAUUUUCAUAGUUGAAGGUUAUCUGACCUGUGAAAGAACUAGGUUUUUGGAAACCAUAUGCAGAAUAUCUAGACCUGUACUGAGAAGGUAAGCAAUAUAGCUGGUUGAGUGCAGUGGCUGCACCUAUUAACUAUAUUCUUGCUUUGGUAGCCAUUUGUAUUUUGCCCGAAAACGUUACAAAUCAAUGUUUCUUGAGGAUUGAUUGUGGAUAUUAAAAAGCAUAAACUACAAGCCAUUAAAAAGAUACUAAGUCUG